ACAAAAGGAGCUCAAAUCUUUCCAGUAUUACCUGCUGUAUGACCGCCAUGAUGGCUUCACCGCAAUCCCUAGCUCCUGCCUAGAGGAUGCAGACAGGGGACACACAGUGAAUGUGAUGGUGCAGAAAUACAACCAACAGGCUGUGGAGGUGGCCAAGAAGAUUCUAAGGAAAAUAGGCAGGAACGAUCUGGUGCUGAAGUUAUCAGAGAAAAGCUCAGAACUAAAAGGGGACGUCAGCGAUGUUCUGGAGACUACAGAGGACACAGGAGCUUCCCCCAUUCAACCACAGGCUUCUCCUCUUCCUCGCCCUCCCACUGACAGCGGUCCAGAUGUGGAGAUUCCAGUGCCAGAGCCUCAAAGACAGAUCAUACUGUUCCAACACAAACUCCAAUCUAACCUCCAGAGCAAGUUUACAUGUGCUCCAGAGGGCAUGACAGAGAUGAUGAAUCAGCAGUGUCUGGAUGACAUCUUCACAGAGCUGUUCAUCACAGCCGGGGGGGAAAUACACAUCAAUGAACAGCAUGAGGUCAGGCAGAUUGAAAUAAAAGGCGGCGUUGCAGGGACAGAAACACCAAUUGAACCAAGUAACAUAUUCCAAAGCACUACCGGAAACCUCAAACCCAUAAGAACAGUGCUUACGACUGGAGUUGCAGGAAUUGGCAAAACAUUCCUUGUGCAAAAGUUUGUGUUGGACUGGGCCAAGGGAAAAACAAAUCAAGAUGUGCACCUUAUAUUUCACUUCACUUUCCGCGAACUGAAUUUACUGAAGGGAGAAAGGUUUUGUUUGGCUGAGCUAAUCCACAAAUGUAUCUGGGAAACCAAAGACAUCACGAAGACGAGACUCACUGAGAUCUUCACACAACUACAGGGAUCAGGAAACCGUGAUUUUAACAAGAGUGAAUUUAAGCUUCUGUUUGUGUUUGAUGGACUGGACGAAAGCCGCCUUCAGCUGGAAUUUACUCACAGUGAACAGAUGCCAGCUGACUUUGAUGUGGCACAGUCAACCUCAGUGGAUAUGCUCCUGACGGCCCUCAUUGAGGGGAGAUUGCUUCCCUCUGCUCGUGUCUGGAUAACCACACGGCCCGCAGCGGCCAAUCAAAUCCCUCGAGUCUUUGUCCACUGCAUGACAGUGGUGAGAGGAUUCACUGAUCAACAGAAGGUGGAUUACUUCAAGAAGAGAUUCCCAGAUGAAGAGCAAGCCAGCAAAAUCAUCUCCCACAUCAAGGCAUCACGAAGCCUCUUCAUCAUGUGCCACAUCCCAGUCUUCUGCUGGAUCACUGCUACAGUUCUAACGGAUGUCUUGAAGAAGAGAAUGCAGACAAACCUGCCCAAAACCCUGACUGAGAUGUACACAGAAUUCUUGAAGUUUCAGAUCACCCUAACGGGAGAGAGAUGUGGCACAAAAAAAAGCAUUCAGUAUAUCCAGUCAUUGGCAAAACUAGCUUUUCACCAGCUGGAGAAAGGCCACCUGAUCUUCUAUGAGAAAGACCUGAAAAGGAGUGGAAUUAAUAUCCGUAAAGCUGCCCAGUACUCUGGAGUUUUCACCCAGGUCUUUAAAGAGGAGCAUAGGUGGAAGAGGGACGACAAGGGCAAGACGUUCAGCUUUGUCCAUCUGAGCCUUCAGGAGUAUCUGGCUGCUCUUUAUGUGGUCAUGUCACUUAUUAACGACAACAAGAAUGUACUGUCUGAGCUAACACUGGAAAGUCUGUGCAUGCUUUGCAAGAAAAAAAGCAUGACAGAAGUCCAUGAGAUUGCAAUAGGCAAAGCUUUAAAGAGUUCAAACGGGCACCUGGACUUAUUCCUACGCUUCCUCCUGGGCCUCUCCCUGCAGACCAAUCAGGAUCUCCUUAAGUGCCUGUUGAAGAUGACAAAAGGGUUCUCUCAGACCAACCACCAAACAAUCAAGUCCAUCAAGGAAAGGAUCAGGGAGAACACAUCUCCAGACAGGAGCAUCAAUCUGUUCUACUGUCUGAAUGAGCUGAGAGAUGAUUCUCUAGAGGAGGAGAUCCAACAGUACUUGAGUUCAGGAAGUCUUUCCACAAAGAAUCUCUCCCCUGCUCUCUGGACAGCCCUGGUCUUCAUCUUACUGUCAUCGGAGGAAGCGCUGGAGGUGUUUGACCUGAGGAAAUACUCUGCUUCAGAGGAGGGUCUCAUGAAGCUGCUGCCAGUGGUCAAGGCCUCGAAUAAAUCGCUGUAUGUGCACAGGAAACUACAUGCCUUAACUGUAUCAAAUAUGGGUUUAUCUGUUAAUUUGUUUUGUCUGACUUAUAUAUAUUUCAGGCUGAGUGGCUGUAACUUGUCAGAGAACAGCUGUGAAGCUCUGGCCUCCAUCCUCAGCUCUCAAUCUUCUAAACUGAGAGAGCUGGACCUGAGUGACAACGACCUACACGAUUCAGGAGUGAAGCUUCUCUCUGAAGGACUAAAGAGUCCACAUUGUGUCCUGCAGUCUCUCAGACUGUCAGGCUGUAUAAUCACAAAGGAAGGCUGUGAUUCUCUGGCCUCAGCUCUAAAGUCCAACCCCUCCCACCUGAGAGAGCUGGACCUGAGCUACAAUCAUCCAGGAGAAUCGAGAGUGAAGCUGCUGUCUGCUGGACUGGAAACUCUCAACCUCGACCAUGGUGGAGAGGAAAGACUGAAAUCUGGAAUGAAGAAAUGUAAGUUUACAGUCAAUCUGAGUUAGAGAACAC